GGCGGCGCCGCUGUAGCUUGGAGGCGGUACUUCCUCCAGCAUUUGCCGCGAGUUAUUGGCAAGUUCACCUGCAGUCGUUUGGGCUGUCGCUGUGGCUGGUUCUGUGGUGUGCGGCCAGCCAUGGAGCGCUCUGGGCCCAGCGAAGUGACAGGCUCAGACGCAUCGGGACCGGACCCGCAGCUUGCGGUCACCAUGGGCUUCACGGGGUUCGGUAAAAAAGCUCGCACAUUUGACUUGGAAGCAAUGUUUGAACAAACUCGAAGGACAGCUGUGGAAAGAAGUCGCAAAACACUGGAAGCAAGAGAAAAAGAGGAAGAAAUGAACAGAGAGAAAGAAUUAAGAAGACAAAAUGAAGAUAUUGAGCCAACAUCCUCAAGAUCAAAUGUGGUCAGAGAUUGCUCCAAAUCAUCUUCCAGGGAUACGAGCAGCAGUGAAAGUGAACAGAGUUCUGACUCUUCUGAUGAUGAGUUAAUUGGCCCUCCUUUACCCCCUAAAAUGGUAGGAAAACCAGUUAAUUUUAUGGAGGAAGAUAUCCUCGGUCCUUUACCUCCACCUCUUAAUGAAGAAGAAGAAGAAGCAGAGGAAGAAGAAGAGGAAGAGGAGGAAGAGGAAAAUCCUGUUCACAAGAUUCCUGACUCGCAUGAGAUAACGCUGAAGCAUGGCACUAAAACAGUGUCUGCUUUGGGUCUGGAUCCCUCAGGUGCCCGUUUGGUGACAGGAGGAUAUGACUAUGAUGUUAAGUUUUGGGAUUUUGCUGGAAUGGAUGCUUCUUUUAAGGCAUUUCGAUCCCUUCAGCCCUGUGAGUGCCAUCAGAUCAAGUCAUUACAGUAUAGUAACACAGGAGACAUGAUUCUUGUUGUAUCUGGAAGCUCUCAGGCCAAGGUGAUUGACAGAGAUGGUUUUGAAGUAAUGGAAUGUAUAAAAGGAGACCAGUAUAUUGUGGACAUGGCCAACACCAAGGGUCAUACAGCAAUGCUUCAUACUGGCUCAUGGCAUCCCAAAAUAAAGGGAGAAUUUAUGACUUGCUCAAAUGAUGCGACUGUGAGGACGUGGGAAGUUGAAAAUCCAAAGAAGCAAAAAAGUGUGUUUAAACCACGGACGAUGCAAGGCAAAAAAGUCAUUCCCACUACGUGCACAUAUAGUAGAGAUGGAAACCUCAUAGCAGCUGCCUGCCAGAAUGGAAGCAUACAGAUCUGGGACCGAAAUUUGACUGUUCAUCCUAAGUUCCACUAUAAACAGGCUCAUGACUCGGGCACAGACACUUCUUGCGUGACUUUUUCCUAUGAUGGUAAUGUCCUUGCCUCUCGUGGAGGUGACGAUUCAUUAAAAUUAUGGGACAUCCGACAAUUUAAUAAACCACUUUUUUCAGCCUCGGGUCUUCCCACCAUGUUCCCAAUGACUGACUGCUGUUUCAGUCCAGAUGAUAAGCUCAUAGUCACUGGUACAUCUAUUCAAAGAGGAUGUGGCAGCGGCAAACUUGUUUUCUUUGAGCGUAGGACUUUCCAAAGGGUAUAUGAAAUAGACAUCACAGAUGCGAGUGUUGUUCGCUGCCUGUGGCAUCCAAAGCUGAACCAGAUCAUGGUUGGAACGGGAAAUGGAUUGGCUAAAGUCUAUUACGACCCCAACAAGAGUCAGAGGGGAGCAAAAUUAUGUGUGGUUAAAACCCAGCGGAAGGCAAAACAAGCUGAGACUCUAACUCAGGACUACAUCAUCACCCCUCAUGCCUUGCCUAUGUUCCGUGAGCCCCGCCAACGGAGUACAAGGAAACAGCUGGAGAAGGACAGACUGGAUCCCCUGAAGUCGCAUAAACCUGAACCUCCUGUAGCAGGCCCAGGUCGUGGUGGCCGAGUUGGAACCCACGGGGGCACUCUCUCUUCCUAUAUUGUGAAGAACAUUGCUUUGGACAAGACCGAUGACAGUAAUCCUCGGGAAGCCAUUUUGCGUCAUGCCAAAGCAGCAGAAGACAGCCCAUAUUGGGUUUCUCCAGCAUAUUCCAAGACUCAGCCCAAAACCAUGUUUGCCCAAGUUGAAUCUGAUGAUGAGGAAGCAAAGAAUGAGCCAGAAUGGAAAAAACGUAAAAUUUGAAGAAUCUCAUUUGAGAGCUGUUUGCAUGAGUGGGAGGGGUAUGGGACAGGUUUUGGGUUUUUUUUUUUAUGCUCAUGAAAUUAAAAAUUCAUUUUUAUGAA